AUGUCCAGGCCGAAGGAGGCGGUGGUCAAGAAGCCCGCCGUCUCUCGCAAGAGGCUGUCCAAGCGAAACUUCGAGAAUCCGGGACGUAUGCUCCGCGAGACGCCUGCGGAAUGGAAGUACGCCUGGGACCUCGGCAGUGCCUGCCCUGAUUGGGUGGCCUCGAAGAUUGGAUGCUUCGGAAAGAUCGACGUAGUAAACAGCAGGGAGGAGGCAACUCCAGAUGCUCAGCCGGGUGAAGUCGCCGCAGCCAAGCCUGGUGAGGUCAAGUGCCACCGCGUGCUGGUGGACUUCGUUCCCCACAGCCGGGACUACGGUGAGAUGCCCAUCUCAGCAGGCGAAGAGGUCACAAUUCGUUACCCACCUUCCGAGGACUGGAUUUUUGGUUGGAAAGACUGGCCGGAGCACGAUGAGGGAUGGAUUCCGGCACAGUGCCUGGGCAUCGGCAUCAGCCUGGACGAAGAUGAUGUACAGGCGGCUGAAGACAGACGCUCCGGUUCGUCACAGCCAAGCAGCGCAAUGCCAACGCUGCCAAACGAGGCGGGCAAGAAGCAUGGUCGCGACGUCUUCGUCUAUGCUGAUGGCGCCGUGUUCAAAGCCGAUUGGCAGGAGGAUGCUCUAGAUGGAGUGUCCGUCCAGAACAUGGCGCCCAGUUCCGGGAAAAGCCCAGUCGAGGAAGCCAAGGAGAAGGAGAAGGAGGAUGCAGAGAAAUGGCAUCAGCAUGGCAACUGGUGGAGCAAACAGCGACAUCUGAAGACCGCUCAGGAAACCAACGAUGCUCCACGGCGGCCGGCCAAUACCGAUCAGUUCCAAGCUCGCAUAGCGGCACGUGCAUUUGCGGCAGCGACUGCCAAUCAGUCAAAGUCCUAA